AUGGCGUUUUCUGCUUGUCGUCUCCUAGUUCUUCUGCAAAUCUUCUCAGCUUUUUUUCUUAGUCAUGCUCAAGAUCAGUCAGGGUUCAUCAGUUUGGACUGUGGUUCACCGAGUGGAACUACUUUUCGUGAGGGAACAACAAACCUUACUUACAUCUCUGAUGCGAAUUACAUCAAUACUGGUGUUGGCAGAAGUAUCAAACAAGCAUACCGGACUCAGUUUCAGCAACAAGCUUGGAAUCUAAGGAGUUUUCCGCAAGGCAUUAGAAACUGCUAUACCCUAAACCUAACCAUAGGCGAUGAGUAUCUGAUCAGAACAAACUUCUUACAUGGAGGAUAUGAUGAUAAUCCCACCACACAGUUCGAGCUUUACCUCGGGCCUAACCUAUGGACUACAGUUUCAACCACAAAUGAGACCCAGGCAUCAAUAUUUGAGAUGAUACAUGUCUUGAAGACCGACCGUUUACAAAUCUGUUUGGUCAAAACAGGAGACUCAACGCCUUUCAUCUCCGCUUUAGAGCUUCGUAAACUAAAAAACACAACUUACUUGUCUCGACAAGGGUCUUUGCAGCUCUUCAUCAGAGCUGACCUCUGUUUUGUUCGUUUUAAGUAUGGAAUCGAUGUGUUUGAUCGUGUCUGGACACCGUAUAACUUUGGAAACUGGUCACAGAUUAGUACCAACCAGACAGUGAAUGUCAACAAUGACUACCAACCACCAGAGAUUGCUAUGGUCACAGCCUCUGUUCCAACAGACCCUGACGCACCUAUGAACAUUUCCCUAGUUGGCGUGGACCGCACUGUGCAAUUCUACGUUUUUAUGCAUUUUGCCGAGAUUCAAGAGCUUAAACCCAAUGAAACAAGAGAGUUCAACAUCAUGUACAAUGGCAAACAUAUCUACGGACCCUUUACACCGCUUAAUUUCACCACUUCUUCCGUUUUUACUCCGACCGAAUUUGUUGCCGAUGCAAAUGGUCAGUACACGUUUUCGCUUCAAAAGACAGGAAACUCGACGUUGCCUCCUCUACUCAAUGGCAUGGAGGUUUAUUUGGUUAACUUGCUUCCGGAGCAAGACACCGAUAGUAAAGAAGUUAAUGCAAUGAUGCACAUCAAAUCUGGUUACGGUGUGAACAAGAUUGACUGGGAGGGAGAUACUUGCGCGCCAAGGUCUUAUAGGUGGUCUGGUAUUAAUUGUAGUUACAUUGACAAUGAGCAACCAAAGAUCAUUUCUUUGAACUUGUCUGCAAGUGGCUUGACUGGAGAGAUAUUGGAGAUCAUAUCAGAACUUACCAAUUUAGAAGUUCUUGACUUGUCUAACAAUACUUUAACUGGUUCGGUUCCUGAGUUUCUAGCAAACAUGGAAACCUUAAAAGUCAUAAACCUAUCAAACAAUGAGCUAAACGGUUCAGUCCCUGCAACUCUCCUGGAUAAAGCACGAAGAGGAACAAUUUCACUAAGUCUCGAAGGAAACACCGGACUAUGUUCGUACAUUUCAUGCGCCUCCACAAAGAAGAAGAAGAAGAAAAACACUGUUAUUGCACCUGUUGCAGCCUCUCUUGUUUCAGUCUUCCUCAUUGCAGCUGGAAUCCUUACUUUCCUUAUCCUCAAGAGGAAGAAGAGAGUCAAGCUUGGUUUUAAUACCAAUCCAGGAACCGGUACAACACCUUUACAUUCGAGGUCUCACCAUGGUUAUGAAUCUCCAGUGAUAGCCAAGAACCGCAAAUUGACUUACAUUGAUGUUGUUAAGAUAACAAACAACUUUGAGAGGGUUCUUGGUAGGGGAGGUUUUGGUGUUGUUUAUUACGGAGUAUUGGAUAAUGAACCAGUUGCUGUUAAGAUGCUCACUGAGUCUACUGCACUUGGUUACAAACAGUUUAAAGCAGAGGUUGAGUUGCUUCUUAGAGUUCAUCACAAAGAUCUCACGUGUCUUGUCGGAUACUGCGAAGAAGGAGAUAAAUUGUCUCUCAUCUAUGAGUUCAUGGCGAAUGGGGACUUAAAAGAGCACUUAUCAGGGAAGCGUGGACCGUCGAUACUAACUUGGGAAGGAAGGCUUCGUAUAGCAGCCGAAUCAGCUCAAGGAUUGGAGUAUUUGCACAAUGGAUGCAAACCGCAAAUAGUCCACCGUGACAUUAAGACAACUAACAUCUUAUUAAACGACAAGUUCCAAGCUAAGCUUGCGGAUUUCGGGCUCUCACGGUCUUUCCCACUUGGAACUGAGACUCAUGUCUCCACUGUUGUCGCAGGAACUCCUGGAUACCUUGAUCCUGAAUACUACAGAACGAACUGGUUGACAGAGAAAAGCGAUGUGUUCAGCUUCGGUGUUGUUCUACUUGAGCUAGUAACAAACCAACCCGUGAUAGACCAGAAAAGGGAAAGAUCACAUAUAGGUGAAUGGGUUGGUUUGAUGCUAUCAAGAGGAGAUAUAAAUAGCAUUGUGGAUCCUAAGCUUCAAGGAGACUUUGAUCCGAACACGAUAUGGAAAGUUGUUGAGACCGCAAUGACUUGUCUGAAUCCGUCUUCUUCAAGGAGACCGACGAUGACUCAAGUAGUUAUGGACCUGAAAGAAUGUCUGAACAUGGAGAUGGCAAGAAACAUGGGAAGUCGGAUGACGGAUUCAACAAACGAUUCUUCUUCGAUUAAGCUGUCGGUGAAUCUCACAACACAGCUUAAUCCUGGAGCUAGAUGA